AUGAUCGCGCUCAAGGGUUUGAUGACAUGUAUUGACAACUCGGGUGCUUUGAUUGUUGAGUGUGUCAACACCUUGAAGGCGGGACGUUUUGCCGGUAUCGGAGAUGAGUGUGUCGUUGUCGUUAAGAAAGCAAAGCCUAUUCCUACGGAAGUUGAUGGAACAGCUGCCUAUGCAUCAAAGAUCCGUCGUGGUGAGGUCAGACAUGCGGUCAUCGUACGGACAAAGAAGGAGACCAGGCGCGAGGAUGGAAGAUAUAUUCGCUUUGACGACAACGCGUGUAUCAUCUUGAACAACAAGGGAGAGCCGCUGGGAACUCGUAUUACGGGUGUUGUUGCUGCUGAGCUGAGACACAAGAAGUGGGCCAAGGUCCUAUCGUUGGCACCAAGAGUCGUGUAA